CAUCUGGGCUCCACAGUGAGGUCUGAAACAAAGGGCAUCUGGAUGUGGUGUGUACCUCAUCCAUCCAAACCCAAUCACACCCUGGUCCUUUUGGACACAGAAGGCCUGGGUGAUGUGGAAAAGGGUGACCCUAAGAAUGACUCAUGGAUCUUUGCGCUGGCUGUGCUUCUGAGCAGCACCUUUGUCUACAACAGCAUGUCCACCAUCAACAACCAGGCCCUGGAACAGCUGCACUAUGUGACUGAACUGACAGAGCUAAUCAGGGCAAAAUCCCCCUCUGAAUCAGAUGAAAUAGAAGACUCCACCGAAUUUGUGAGUUUCUUUCCAGACUUUGUUUGGACUGUUCGGGAUUUCACGUUGGAGCUGAAGGUAGAUGAACACACUAUCACUGAAGAUGAGUACCUGGAGAAUGCCUUGAAGCUGAUUCCAGGUGGAAAUCCCAGAAUUGAAUAUUUCAACCGGCCUAGAGAAUGUAUCAGACAUUUCUUCCCAAGACGGAAGUGCUUUGUCUUCGAUCGUCCUACAAAUGACAAAAAUAAUUUGGCCCACAUUGAAGAAGUACCAGACGAGCUGCUAGAUCAUAAUUUCUUGGUGCAAGUAGACAAAUUCUGUUCCUACAUCUUCAGCCAAGCAAAGGCCAAGACCCUGAUACAGGGAAUCAUUGUCACUGGGAACCGACUGGGAACUCUGGUGAAGACCUAUGUGGAUGCCAUCAACAGUGGAGCGGUGCCUUGUUUGGAGAAUGCAGUAACAACCCUGGCCCAGCGUGAGAACUUGGUAGCUGUGCAGAGGGCAACUGACCACUACAGUCAGCAGAUGGCUCAGCGUGUGAGGUUUCCCACAGAGACGCUUCAGGAGCUGCUGGAUGUCCAUGCAACCUGUGAGAGGGAAUCCAUUGCAAUCUUCCUGGAGCACUCAUUCAAGGAUGAAAAUCAUGAAUUCUGCAAAAAACUUAUGGAAACCAUUGUAAAAAUGCGGGAGGACUUUGUGCUGCAGAAUGACGAGGCAUCUGUGAAAUACUGUGAAGCAGAGCUGCAGCAGUUGUCAAAACCCCUGAUGCAAAGCAUUUCGGGAGGAAUUUUCUCUGUUCCAGGAGGACACAAUCUCUAUUUAGAAGCAAGGAAAAAGGUUGAAGAAGACUAUGCCCAAGUGCCCAGGAAAGGAGUUAAGGCGAAUGAGGUCCUCCAGAGCUUCUUGCAGUCACAAGCGCCAACUGAGGAAUCCAUCCUGCAAUCAGACAAAGCCCUCACAGAUAGGGAGAAGGCCAUGGCAGUGGAACGGGCCAAGAUGGAGGCAAUAGAGAAGGAGAAGGAGCUGCUGGAAGAGAAACAGAAAGAGCAGCAGCAAAAGAUGGAGGCUCAAGAGAGGAUCUUCAAGGAAAACAUAGAACAAUUGAAAGAGAAGAUGGAAAAGGACAGAGAAGCACUCCUGAGAGAGCAGGAAAGGGUGCUGGCACAUAAACUGAAGGUCCAAGAACAACUGCUUACGGAAGGAUUUAAAAAGAAGUCUGAGAAGUUAAAUCAUGUGAUAGUUAAACUACGAAAAAAUAUUGAAGCAACUAAGAAUCGUUCAGGAAUUUCGAUUAUCUUAGAUGAAAUUGGUAAUUCAGUAAUGGCAAUACUAGGUACUCCUGUUAGACUUAUCAAUGCAGUGGUGAAAGCUGUCAGUUCAAAGCCAAAAUAG